UGUAGUGAUUCAAGUUAUUGUAGUGAAAAAUAUUCUUUCCGGGGUGGACGUCGUAUUGUCGAUAUAUUUCAUAUAUUUCAACAAAUACAAAAUUUAACUACCCACACACCUGGAUUAGAUUGCUCAUUUAUGGACGUGGUGUUAAUUAAUGAGAAAUGCAAGGGAUUUGAAAGUGUUUGGACUUUUAAAUGUAAAACGUGCAAUUUAAUUAUGACUAUUACAUCAGAAAGUAAUGAAUCAAAUUAUUUACCAUUGAAUACCGCGAUCGCAAGUGGAACGGUAGCAAUUGGUAUCGGGUAUACGCAGUUGGCAGAAUUUUCGGCAAGCAUAGAUAUACCAUGCAUGAGUCCAAACACUUACACAAAAUAUAUCGAUAGAUUGAGUGUAAAUAUUGAAACUACUGCAUGGGAUACGAUGAAACUAGCCGGUAUAGAAGAAAAAAGACUUGCGAUAGAAGCAGGUGAUAUCGAUGAAGACGGUACACCCAUGUGUCCGGUGAUCGCUGAUGGACAAUGGAGCAAGCGUAGCUACAAAACUAAAUAUGAUGCGUUUUCAGGAGCGGCCACUAUUAUUGGUUUUCGGUCAAAAAAAAUAUUGUUUGUGGGUAUACGAAAUCGUUAUUGUGUGAUUUGUGAAAGGGCUAAAAAUAUGGGUAAAAGUUCCGAAAAACAUAAAUGCUUUAUGAACUGGUCGAAAGGCGCAACUAGUAUUGAGGCUGAUGCUAUUUCUGAAGGUUUUUUAAGUAGCGUAAACUUACAUGGAUUAAAAUACAAUAAACUGAUUGGCGAUGGUGAUAGUAGUGUUACUAAACGUCUACACGAAUUACUUCCGUAUGGUCCACGUCUACUAGUAGAAAAAAUUGAAUGUAGAAACCAUAUUCUACGAAAUUAUUGUCAAAAAUUAAUGGCACUUACAAGAAAUACAACAUACCUCUGUUAUAUUCGUAAAUUUAUAAUUCGAAAUACAAUUCGAUUUCGUACAGCCAUUACCAAAUCUAUCAAAUACAGGAAAAAUUUAGAUCAGUCACUUUAUGAAAAAAUAGAAGGAUUACGUAAGGACAUACUGAAUGCACCUUAUCAUAUUUUUGGUCAACAUACAAAGUGUGAACAAUAUUUUUGUCCUGGACCAAAACAAUGUAAAACAAAUUUAGUCCCGGAGGUAAUAAAGUGUGGUCUAAUGAAUCAAAUUGACCAUAUUCUUCAUCGUGUAGUGGACAACGCCAAGAGUUUACUAUUCGAUAUUGAUAAUAAUUAUUGUAAACAAUUCAACAGUAUAAUCAACAAAUAUAUAGCCGGUAAAAGGUUAAAUUUCGGCCAAAAACAAUCCUACAACACAAGAGUUCAAGCAGCUAUAGUAUCAUUCAAUUCCGGUGGUGAACAGGGCCGUCUUUAA